ACAUGUUUGAUGUUUUUCCCUUCAAGUUCUUAGCCCAAUACCCACCACCCCCAACAAGAAAAUCGCCCAAAAUUCCCACCAACCAAACAAGAAAACCAGCUACAAAGACAUGAACACAAUCUCUAGUGUCUUCUUCAUCCUAAUUCUUGCCUUCUGGCCACAUCAAAUCUUGGCCCAAGAGGACCAGGACUUAGGAUUAAUCAUACCAAAUCAGAAAUCAUCAUUAGGGGAGGAGCUGAUCGCCCAAGUUUGUGAUCAUGCAAUCUACAAGAAUCUGUGCAUAAGUUCCCUACAAUCAGUCCCAGAAAGCAAGGAUGCAGACCUCUUUGAGCUUACCACAAUUGCACUAAAACUUGCUGCAGCAAAUGCUACUGAAAUCAAAAAAUAUGUUCAGAAGUUGCUUAACAAGUCUCAUUCAGACCGCUAUACACACCAAUGCCUCGCUGAUUGUUCCGAAAACUAUGAAGAUGCGCUGGAUCGGAUUGAGGACUCAUUGAAAGCUCUGGAAUCCAAGGGAUACAAUGAUGUUAACACAUGGGUGACCGCUGCCAUGGCGGAUGCCGAGUCAUGUGAGGAGGGGUUCCUUGAUCGUCCAGGCCAUAAGUCUCCAUUGACUGGUAGAAGCACAAUAUUUAACCAGCUAUGCAGUACUGCUUUAACCAUUACCAACUUCUUAUCUGGUAGUGUUUGAUCUUUUGGCUUUUUAAGUACUAUUCUCUAGCCAUGGUUGUUGGUCCCAUUUCAUCUAUAUUGAUUGUUUUUCAGGCUCUACUUUCUUAGCUUUCUUUCUGUAUUUCAUGCCAAGUUCUGUGGCAAAAGGGUUGAUGAAAUUUAAUUCAAACCCCUGUUAAAUCUAGAGUCUUUAACAGACUUUAGUAUGAAUAAUGAAUGAUAUUUAUGUUUUACCAA